AUGGUACACUUGCAAAUUCUACAGUUGUCGGAAAACCGGUUCUCUAGUCAUAAUGGUAACACUGACCUCAAGCCAUUUUUUGCUUCUUUGGCUAAUUGCUCUAACUUGACAGAACUCAAUUUGGCAGGAAAUCAUCUUGGGGGAGAGUUGCCUUCUAUUAUUGGUACUCUCUCUACUAAACUUGCAAAGAUAAAUCUUGAUGAUAAUCAUAUUCAUGGUCCAAUUCCUCCAGAAAUUUCAAAUCUUUUCAAUAUCACUCUAUUGAACUUGUCUAAUAAUAUUCUCCUCAAUGGUUCAAUCCCUCCUGAACUUUUUCAACUGGGGUCGCUGGAGAGAUUGUAUCUAUCGAAUAAUUCACUCUCUGGACAUAUUCCCUCGGCUUUUGGCAAUGUUCCUCAUUUAGGCCUCCUUGAUGUGUCGAAAAACAAACUCUGCGGUACAAUCCCUGAAAGCUUUGCUAACCUUUCUCAGCUAAGAAGACUAUUUCUUUAUGACAAUCAGCUCUCAGGUCCAAUCCCACCAAGCCUAGGAAAAUGCAUUAACUUGGAAAUUCUUGACCUUUCUUACAACAGGAUUUCAGGGACAAUUCCAAUUGAAGUUGCUAGUUUGAGUAGUUUGAAACUAUACUUAAACUUAUCCAGCAAUCACCUGCAAGGGCAUAUUCCACUGGAGCUGACAAAAAUGAACAUGGUUCUAGCCAUUGACCUAUCAUCAAACAACCUCUCGAGCACGAUCCCCUCCCAACUUGGAAGCUGUAUUGCUCUAGAGAACCUCAACCUUUCAAGAAAUAUUUUGAAGGGCCACUGCCAGCGAGAGAUACCAGAUUCUCUGCAGGCUUCGUCUACUUUGAAGCAACUGAAUUUUUCUUACAAUUGCUUCUCUGGAGACAUAACGAACAAUGAUGCAUUUUCUUCACUAACCAUCAAAUCUUUCCUCGGGAAUAACAGGCUCUGUGGUUCCAUAGAAGGGAUGCGAAAAUGUCACAGAAAACUAACUCACAAUUUAUUAGUGGCAAUUCUCCUUUCAUUACUCAUCAUUCCUAUUUUCUGCGUAGCUGGAUAUCCUUUACUACUCAGAUCAAAAUUCAGAAGGAAAUCAACGGUUUUUAAUAUGAAGGGCAUUGAAAAUGAAAAAGAAGCAAUGAGAAAAGAGAUAAAAUACCCAAGAAUUACUCAUCGACAACACCUUGAAGCCACAGGAGGAUUUAGUCCCUCAACCCUAAUCGGAUCAGGUAGAUUUGGUCAUGUUUAUAAAGGAGUUCUUCAAGAUAACACGAGGAUAGCUGUGAAAGUUCUGCACUUUAAAGCAGACGGAGAAGUUUCCGGGAGCUUUAAAAGGGAAUGCCAAAUUCUGAAAAGAACCAGGCACAGAAAUUUGAUCAGGAUCAUAACAAUAUGCAGCACGCCAGAUUUUAAGGCCAUUGUCCUUCCCCUGAUGCCAAAUGGAAGCCUCGAAGAUCACCUGUAUCCGAGCCAUGGACCACAGUGCGGAUUGGAUUUGGUUCAGCUUGUGAGCAUUUGGAUCGCUCUAUAA